AUGGCGGACAGGGAGUCCUACACCGAGGUGACCAGGCUGCCCCGGUUGGCUGUUUCUGAGGAGGCUGACGGCCAGGAAGCCUGGAUCCAGGCGGCCCACUCCGACACCGUGUCCCCCCGUGCACAGGCUCUGGGUGCCGCCUCGAGCCAGGAGACUUCCCCGGGCAGAACCCCGCCAGUGGAUCUGCGGGACGCCCCGCUGAGCUCCGCCCCCUCGUCCCGGAACGCCGCUGCCUCUGCCCGCCGCCGGGCGCUCGGAGGCGCCGAGGCGGACCUCUCUGGGACGGAGCGCUCCCAGUCCGCCAACGGCCAGAGGUCCCAGGCCCCAGUGGAUCUGCGGGACGCCCCGCUGAGCUCCGCCCCCUCUUCCUGGAACGCCGCUGCCUCCGCCCGCCGCCGGGCGCGCGGAGGCGCCGAGGCGGACCUCUCUGGGACGGAGCGCUCCCAGUUCGCCAACGGCCAGAGGUCCCAGGCCCCAGGCAGCCCGCCGGCCUCUGACGUUCCUGAAGGCGUGGCGGGCAGAGGUAAGUGCGCGUUCAGCCCGUUUCCCCCUGUGCAGGAGCGUCUGAGGAACGGCAGGCUCCCCCGGGAGAAGCUCCGGGGCCCGUCCCCCCACCAGGCAGGGGAAGAGGCCGGGCCCUCUGGGAAGCGGCAGAAGAACGGGGGCCGCUGUUUCCCUGACCAGAGGCUGACCGCUGAGCCCGAGCUGGAGGAGAAGCUGUUGGAUAGCAGAGAUGAGCCGUCCCAGGGCUCCCUCAGCGGCCCCCAGCGAGACCCACCAGAGCCCCCCGGGCCCCACCCCUUCCCCAAACCUGAGCUGGCCAUGACACAGAGCCUCACUCUCAUCAGCUCAGAGAACUGGCAGGAGAAGAUGGAAGGGCUCACGGUGCUGCGCAGUCUGGCCCAGAAUCACGUGGACACGCUGCUCCCCAGGCUCCGCGACGUCUGCCUCGCCCUCGUGCAAGAGGUGAAGAACCUGCGUUCGGGCGUGUCCCGCGUAGCCGUGUGCACGCUGGGCGUCCUGUACUGCCACCUGCAGCGGGCCAUGGACAAGGAGGUGGACACCACGGCCAGGGCGCUGCUGCACAAGGCGGCCGAGAGCAACGCCUUCAUCCGGGAGGAAGUGGACGCAGCGCUGGGCCACAUGGUGCGGCACUGCACGCCGGCACGCUGCAUCAACGCCUUCCUGGACGGGGGUUUGAGCCACCUGAGUGCGGCGGUGAGGAAGUGCGCCGCCCAGCACCUGGCCGACCUGCUGGAGAGGGUGGGCGUGGCCCGCCUGCUGUCCGGAGGGAAGGACGUGACGGACAGAAUCCUCCCGGCCGUGGUCAAGCUGGCCCUGGACUCCUCCCCGGAACCCAGGUCCUUUGGCCGCCGGAUGUUGCUGUUCCUGUCCUCCCACCGGGACUUUGAUAGCCUGCUGGAGAAGAACAUCCCCCCCAAGGACCUUUCCGCCGCCCGCAAGGCGGUCAGUGGACUCAAGGCAAAGGUACGGAAGGCCCCGCCCUCUCGCCCCACCCUACCGCUUGGUGACGGGGAGCCCAACUGCAAGUACAGCUCCAAACCUCAGGGGCCCAUCAUCGAAGACAAGGCUGAGUACAUCAGGCAGCUCACCGUUCUGCUGGAGUCCAAGGACUUCAGGGAGCGCAUCAAAGGCCUCGACCAGCUGGUGGCCGACUGCCAGCACAACCCCAGCAUGGUCAUCCGCAGCCUGUUCCCGGUGUUUGACCUCUUCAGAGACCGCCUGCUGGAGUCCAACCGUAAGGUGAACCUUUACGCCCUGGAGGCCCUGCAGGGGAUGGUGCGCCUGCUGAAGGACAACCUGUCCGGGGUGCUCAACCACCUGGUGCCCGCCAUCGUUGACAACCACCUCAACUCCAAGAACCGCGCUGUGUACUCGGCCGCCACAGGGGCCCUCUGCGAGCUGGUGCUGAACCUCGGUGAGGGCCCGGUGGGGAGCUGUCCAGAACACGGUCCGGUCUGACCACGGUGUUGUCCUUGUUACUCAUGUGUUCGUCCCUUGCCCCU